UGCAAAGAUUUUGUGCUAUCUCUUUUUCGUGCUGCACCCUAGCUGCUCUCUUCGAUAGAAAUUAAUCGGGGUAGGCUGAGGCUUGUGGAAUAAUCUUGGAUUGUGCGCCAGACCCACUACGCUACGAGACCGCAAUCGUUCGUCGAACAAAUUCGUCGAACGACAGAGGGUAGCGAAGUUUAGCAAAGUAUUCAGCAAGCGGACUGUCCCCGCACGUGCUCCACUAGUAUCAAGGUUUUGGACGUGCUCGCUCGUGCUCCUUCAAGUGUUUGUCCCAGCAGCGUUCAUUUAUGUAUGAGCAUGUGUUUAAACAACGGCGACAGUGAAACGGUGCAGGGUUGAGUUGAGCAGGUGAAAAAUACAGACGCCUCAGAGGCAACGACAAAGUGGGAAAAUGAUACCCAUUAACAAUAAAAGUCUCCCAGCUUUGUAUAUCUGGAACAAAUGCCAGAAAGAGUGAGGGUUCGUUAAGUGAUUGAUCCACGAUAGUGCUAGAGUGAUACUAGAACACAGUGCUUUCAUAAAAGCCCUUGCUGCUAGUGCUGUGUGUACUGCUAGUGUUUUUUUCUACUGUUGUCUUUUGCGAGCCUAAAACAGCCGGGUUACUGUCGCAAUUAAAAGCUGUCCUUUGUGCGAAAAAAGGAGCAAAUCAAUAGUACAAAGUAGUAUUUCUUUUUUAAACCAAAAAUUUGCCAGGCAUAAAAGAAAAGUACGGAAAUUUGUUUUUAUGAAUCGAAGGACUGUGAAAACUGUGUGUGAAAUUAAUGCAAAAAUGAAUAAAAGAAAGUCUACAAGUUCGAAUGCCAGCAAUUUAUCGUAGCCGGAUUAACCUACGCUGGCAGUUUGAACUUCUUUCGACAGAAGGGGAAUGCAUGAAACAUUUGCAAAAACUAAAGGUCCUUACACACGGACUACCUCUUGCAGUAUUUCCUCGAAAAAAUUAGGAUUAACCAACUUACAUCGACCAUCUCAUCGUGCGCUGCAUUCACGUCGGCCGUGUGUCUGAAAGCAACCUUAAGAAGAACGAAGAAAGCGAAACAACGAAAACCUUCUAAAUGGAAUUAGCACGAAAGAGAUACAAAUCCAGUCGGGGUCCGGUGCUAAGGUCAAGCGAACGUCGCCGUCCACAGAGUAUAUCUACAUCCACCUCCACUUUAUUACCAAGGGUAGUUCUGAACCGCUUGGAUUCGAGGGACUGUGAGCAGCGUAUCCGUGUGUCGUACAAGGUUGCCAUCCGCAGCACCAGAAGCACUCGCAACAACACCAAUAGUAGUCACAGUGGCAUGAAUAUGGGGCAAAAGAUCAGUGGCGGCGUUAAAACGGUCAGCCGUGACCAGCCAUCUCCGUUCAUUCCGAAAAUUCCACGAGAACUCGCAGCCAACUUUCAGCGUCCUGCGCGUUUGGAUGUGCUACUCGAUAUGCCGCCUGCACCCCGGGAAACGCAGCUCAAAUACUCGUGGAACGCGGACGAUCGCUCACUAAACGUAUUCGUAAAAGAGGACGACAAAAUGACCUUCCAUCGGCAUCCGGUGGCACAGAGCACAGACUGCAUACGAGGCAAGGUUGGCUUCACGAAAGGUUUGCACGUGUGGGAAGUGUUUUGGUCCACGCGGCAACGCGGGACACACGCGGUCAUCGGUGUAGCAACCGCUGAAGCACCCCUUCACUCCGUAGGAUAUCAAAGCUUAGUCGGGCUCAAUGAACACAGCUGGGGUUGGGACUUAGGCCGUAACAAGCUCUACCACAACUCUAAGUCUAACCCUGGUGUCACGUACCCUGCAAUAUUGAAGCCGGAGGAAACAUUCGUGGUGCCAGACAAGUUUCUUGUCGCUCUCGAUAUGGACGAGGGUACACUCAGCUUUAUUAUCGAUGGCCAGUAUCUGGGGGUUGCGUUCAAGGGCCUAAAGGGCCGUAAGCUCUACCCAAUCGUAUCCGCUGUUUGGGGCCAUUGUGAAAUCACGAUGAAGUACAUUGGCGGAUUGGAUCCUGAACCACUGCCACUAAUGGAUCUCUGUAGGCGCGUUAUUCGUCAAAGAAUUGGACGAACAUAUCUAGAGGAACGCAUACCAAACCUAGCCCUGCCACAAUCGAUGAAAACCUAUCUACUGUACCGAGAUAGAAGAUAAUAUACUGUACAACAGCAGUCCCAGCAACGCUUUCCAUGUAAAGGCCGACGACUAUUCCCCUGCAGCGGCAAUAUUAGAACAAAUUGCAUCGUAUAGUUAACCAGGAAAAUGCGCCUCUAUCCUCGAGAGGGAUAGCUUUCAAGCUGUGUUUCUUUCUAUUCCCAUAUAAUGUCUGAUCCGGAAUAACUCAUAACAACAUCAUUCCCACCCUGCUUUUCUUUGUGCUAAAACAAUUACCAGCUGCCAGAGAAGAAUGAAAUGCAACGACAUUGUUUUCAACAUGAGCAAACGCUUACUGAUGUGAUUACUUUUCACAUUGAUCGAGACGAUUUAGGUUCUUUUUUCUACACUAUUGUCAUUUUAAUCAAUCAAUUAACGCCAUCGAUCACAAUCCAGAUCGUUCAUAAUCAUCACUUACUCUGGUUUGCCUUUUUUUUCUUAUACCUAUGCCUAAUGGCAAUUUUGUGAUAUCAGACAAAAGAUGGGUCAACGAGAGGUAAAAUUCAAAAUACAAAUAACCCAUUACCCUGGACUGUUCUGACUCGAGCCGUUGCCAAAGCAGCUUACACUACAACAAUUUUCUUGGGUUCUUUUGAAGUAAUAGAAGACUUCGAUUCAGUUUCUUGUUGGGUACGUACUGGCAAUCGCAUUCCAACAAAAGGGUUUGCCCCGAAGCAAUAUAGAUAUGGAUGGAGAGACGACAUAUGAUAAAAGGGUUAGGAAUGAUGAGGUAUGUGUUUGCUGCUGAUGUAUGCAAUAUUAUUGAACCGAGAACCUACUACAGUGCGAAGUAAGCGAUACUUUUCAUGUUGAGAAAAGCACAACGGGACAGUCAUGUAGGACGUUGUAAAAUAGACACUUACAAUCUAUUUACAUAGAACAGUUCGAGGGACGUAGGUAGGAAUACAGCGAAAAGCAAGCGCAAUGGAAGAUUUGCAAUAGCUAUAAAACACUUUUAGAAUAAAAGAAUCGAAGCAAGUAAACCGAAAUAAUUGCACAACAGCAACAUGGCUCAGUGAAGUGGAGCGAAAGAUUACGAUCAUUACUAAUAAAGAUAGAGAAACGAACAAAUGCGAUUGUGGAAGUGAUGCAAGAGAUCAAGUGAGGAAAAGUAGAAAAUGCAAUAUACAUUGUGGCCGUGCUGCUCAACUAGGCGAUCUAUGUUGUGUAGGGACUGGUGGAGAAACACGAAAGUGACUUUAGAAGAUUGGGUCGAUUUCCUUUUCCUACGCAACCCUGCUCUUCCAUGCAACGAAAAGUUGCUUUCUUCGCGCCUUGUCGGUUCUUUCUAUAGGCUAUUUGCAAUGAAUGGAUGAAAUAUGGAUUUCGGAAUCCUUAUCAUUUUCGCGAAAACAUACAAUUUGCAAUAACUGAAAAGAUAAUGAUAUUUUUUUUCCUCAUUGGAUGCGGGAUUCUUUCCUUAUUCCUUUUGCAAUAUUUCACGCCAUGCUGGCGACUUCAGAGCUUGACUUCAGCUCUUUUCCACACCUGGUUGCCGCUUUGCGCAAUGGACAAAACAAUAACUGUGUGAAGAGACUAGAGAAAGAUCGAAAUGGUGCGAAGGAAAGGAUGUUUUUGCGUACAUGUGUGAGAUAGUAAGGCAGAAAAGGCAGGUCGUAUUGAUAAAAACUGUGUUCUUUUUUUAUAAGCUUUUUUAAACGAGAAAAUGUAAAAUAGUUUUUUUUAGUGAAAAGUUUUUUGAAUGGGCAUGCAAUGAAACGCAAGGCAAAAAGAGAUAGUUGAAUCAAGAGGAUAACGAAAGAUUAAGAAGAAAAGACUCAUAUAGUAUGUAUGAACGAGGAAGAAUGUUAGAUCGAGACAGGAACACGAACAAGGCUGGAUGCAUUUUUGUGUUAGCAGGGAGUGAUAAUGUACGAAUAUGGUAAGACUUGCGACAUGUGUGGGGAAGCAUUGAGUAAGAGAGAAAAAUAUAAGGAAAAAUAUGUCGCAUAGCAAACGAGAGGAUAGAGACAAAGAAACUAAAGUAAAACAAAAAAUCCAAAAGUGAUUUGCGAUUGAAAAGGAAAGAACGCGCGCCCUUUGGAUAGAGUGUGUGCAUUUAUCGAGUGAGUGACUCCCAUUGAUAAUUCCUCUUGUUUAAUAAAUCUACUGGACUGACAAUGUGAGUAAACAAUG